AUGUCAAUCAAUCAGAACGUCGCCCAAUUUAGUAAACAGAAGCAGCAACUAGGUAAACAGGGCCCAGAACCGGUCAACUUUCCACCGCGGUAUCACCCGCCUCCACUUGCAGCGAGCGGUCCCAAACUAGCCACUAUCGACCCAUCCGUCAAAGAGUACAAACCGCCAUACGCAGGAAAAUCAAUCGAUCCCAGUAAAUUGCAAUAUCCUUUGGGGCCGCACGGACAGGUGGCGGGUUCAUACGGCGGAAUACCAUCCGUCCAUUUAUUAAAAUAUCCCCAAAGUUAUCCGGGUUUUCCGCAACCGCCGGGAACUAGCCGCAUGCCCCGACCCCCUGGUGAAGUAGUGACGAAAGCUUUAGUUCACGAGCCCGUGGAGCCGACAGCGAGAGCGAGAAGUGCUGACGACAUACAACGAGCUCAACGUAACCUUGAAGAAGAACAGAUCCACAGAAGAUCAGCAGAUAUGCUCAAGUUUACCAAACGUGUGGAACCGGAGGGGCCGCGAGGCUCAACUGACCAAAAACAACAGAUUCAAGCACUUUUGGCCCAAAUAAAAGCGCUGAAAGAAGCAAACAGACGAUUAAGUGAGGAUAAUCAAGAACUAAGAGAUUUGUGUUGCUUUUUAGAUGACGAUCGUCAAAAAGGCAGAAAGUUGGCUCGCGAGUGGCAAAGGUUUGGUAGAUACACAGCAUCAGUGAUGAGACAGGAGGUAUCUGCUUAUCAAAAUAAACUAAGACAAUUAGAUGAUAAACAGCAGGAGCUUAUCCGUGAUAAUCUAGAAUUAAAAGAACUAUGUUUAUACUUAGACGAGGAACGUGAAAGGAGUGCGUGUGUGAACUGUGGACGAACACCUGGGAGAGAAAGAGACGAUGGUGAUGGUAGUAGCAGUGGAACGAACGCUGAAGAAGGUUCCCGUGGUGUUCCAACUAUAGCCAUUCCACAUCCUCAGCUUGCGGAACGAACUGUACAAUACGUAAGAGACUUAGAGCAAAAAGUGCGUCGAUUAGAGGCUGAGAAAGGCCAGAGUAACAGUGCCGUAGGGAAUGAAAGACCUGAAGCCGUGGUACGAGCUCUGCAAGUUCUGGAAGUCAGAGAACGGGUUGAACGAGAGCGAAGAAGACCAGCGCCAGAUCUAGAUACUGGAGAGCAAGCUUUAGUCAGAGAAAUGUGCAAUGUGGUAUGGGGAAAGUUGGAAGACGCACCACCGCAGGCACCACCACGCUAA